AUGCCGAAACGUGGCUCUACGACUUCGGGCACUGUCGCAUCUGUACCACGUAAAAAGCAAAAAAGUGUUGAACCAACAUAUAGUCAAAACACCGAUGAACAAGAUGAAAAUACGCCAUUAAAUCAUAGCAAUUAUUUCUCUCAAUUAUCACAAUUAUCAAAACAAAGUCCCGAUUUACAUAAAAAUGCUGGUACUAUUCUUAGGGUUAGUGUAAAAAAUUUUAUGUGUCAUACAUUUCUUGAAUUUGAUUUCAAUGAAAAUCUUAAUAUGGUUAUUGGCAAUAAUGGCAGUGGUAAAUCUGCAGUAAUGAAUGCAAUUACAUUGACUUUAGGUGGUCGUGCAACGAGCACAAGUCGUUGUUCAAAUAUUGGCCGUUUCAUUCAACAUGGCAAAGGUUUUGCUGAAAUAUCAGUUGUACUAUGUAAUCAAGGUCUUGAAGCGAUUGAUAUAGAACGUUUCGGUCGAUCGAUUACAAUUACACGUAAAGUGACUGUCAAAGGUAGCAGUCAUUAUCAAGUUAAAAAUGAAUAUGGUAAAAUCGUCUCCGAGAGAAAAGAUACAAUCGAUACGAUUGUUGCACAUUUCAAUAUUCAAGUUGAUAAUCCAAUGUGUAUGCUUAAUCAAGAUAUUGCAAAAAAUUUUCUCAAUACAAAAAGUACAAAAGAAAAGUACAAUUUUUUUUUAAAAGCAACACAAUUACAAAAAAUGGUUGAAGAUCUUGAAGAAAAUACAGUUGAAAUUCGUAUUGCCAAAGGUUUAUUGGUUGAUCAUGUGAAAAAACGAAAAGAAAUUCAAGCACAAAAAGAAGAACUUGAUGCUAAAUUGAAAUUUGCUGAAUCCGUACGUAAUGCAAAAUCUAACGCUGAUAAUCUUCAAGGACAUCUUGAAUGGGCUGAAGUUAUCAAUCAUGAAAAAACAUUAGCCGAAACCGAAAAAAAACUUGUCGAAGAUCAAUAUGCUGUUCAAGAAUAUACGAACAAACGUGAUGCAUUAAUAGAUGAUAUGAAAAAUGAAAAAUCAAAACGUGAUGAAUUACUUCGUAAAGCACAAGAAGUUGCAAAUAACGCUAUUGAAGCAAAGCGUAUUCAUGAUGAUCUUGAACGACAAAUGAAAUUGUUUAAUAAAGAAAAACGAGAUUUAUUACAUGAAGUAAGUAAACUCGAAAAAGAACUUCAACUGCAAACUGAAUUGAAGAAAAAACUUCAAAAGAAAAUCGAAGAAAUGCGUCGCAAAGCAACUGGCAAUAAUGACUAUGAGAAAGCUUGUCAACGUAUAAAUGAAUUACAUAUUUUAAUUAAUGAACAACGACAAAUACUAUCUAUGAAAGAAAGUGAACAAGGUAAUUUUCGACAAUUAUAUGAUGAUGAACGUCAAACUUUAUUCAAUGAUCAAUCAACUUUGAAACAACACGAGGAUACUUUACGUCGAAAGCGUGGUGGUAUUCAACAACUUAAAGCAGCUAAACAAGAUCGUGUUACAAUUUAUGGACGUUAUACAUUGGCCAUUCUUAAAGAAAUUGACAAACAUGCACACCGAUUUAAACAAAUACCGAUUGGACCUGUUGGUAAACAUAUUCGUCUAGUUGAUCGAAAAUGGGCUAUUGCCGUCGAACAAGCUAUUGGCAAUAGUAUGCAAGGUUAUCUUUGUUCAUGUCGUGAUGAUGAACGAGUUCUUCUCGAAAUUCUUUCGCGCUGUGUACCAGCACAAGAAAUGGACUAUCGGCCAAGUGUUACUGUGAUGAAAUAUCAAUCAAAAGUGUAUCAAAAUCUUCGAUUACCUCCAUCGAGUUUUACAACAAUUUUAUCAAUGCUACAAAUUGAUAAUCCAACAGUUACAUGUUUCUUAAUUGAUCAUGCACGUAUUGAACAAAGAGUUCUCAUGGAUAAUUACGAAACUGCUCGCCGUAUCAUGGAGAGAAGUGCACCACCGAAUUGUGUUGCUGCGUAUCUUCCAAAUGGUACAGAAAUGCAAAACACAUAUGUAUUUCGUUGCUAUACAUGCAGAGUUCAGAAUCCUCGAUUUUUUGUUGAAGAUUUUGCUGAACAAAUUACUCGUGCCGAAAAUGAAUGUAUUACUAUAGAACGAAACAUGCUAGAGGUUAAAGAAAAAAUUAAGGAAACGCAACAACGAGUCAAUCAACAUCAACAGACAGUGGCUGGAUUAGAUGGAACAAUCAAUGAAAUCAGAGCUACAUGUGGUCGAUUAGGAAAAGAACUUCGAGAAUUACAAUUAAUCGAAGCACCAAAUGAUUCGAAUAUGGAUGAUUGUGAAAAUGAACUAUCGGAAUAUGAUACUCGUAUUGAAACUUUUAAGCAACGAAUUAAAGAUCAAAAAUCAAAAGCUGAAAUAGAAUCACCCGAAUAUCGACAAAUUCUAGAUGAUGUAGCACAAGCACGACAACGUGUUAUGGAAAAACGUGAAGAAGCUGAACAAUGUAAAACAUCACUUCAAGCAUGUGAUGCUUUAAAAGAAAAUGGACAAAGAGCUAUCAAUGAAUUACAACGAGGACUCGAUGAUAAUCAAAGAAAAUUAGAACAACAUGAAGCUACAAAAAAAUUUAUUGAAACUAAGCUUCAAAUUCAAAUUGAAAAUGCUCAAAAAUUACUUAAUCAAAAACCUGAGGGCGAAAUUGACGUCAAGGCAACUCGACGAAGACUUGAUGGUAUUCUAAAAUUUAUUGAAACAAAUAAAAAUGUUUUCUAUGAUGUGCAACAAAUAAAGGAUCGUUCAGAAAAAGUCAAGAUAGCUUUAGAUACAUUCGGUCGAGUUGUUGAUAAACAAGAAAAGCUAGUUCAUAAAUUAUUUAAAGCGUCACGCCAUCGUGGUCAACAAUACAAAAAUCUUUUAGAGGCAACAGCUAAACUAACAAGUAGUUGCUUUACUUCGUUUCUUGAAUCAAGAAAUUAUACUGGUGAAGCUAUUUUCGAUCAUAAAGAGGGAACUCUAGCUCUUGAAAUUACACCACGUGGCGAUGAAGUUCAUAAAGAUACUCGUUCAUUAUCAGGUGGUGAACGUUCGUUUUCGACCGUUUGCUUUAUGCUUGCUCUUUGGGAAGUUGUGGAAAUGCCAUUACGUUGUCUUGAUGAAUUCGAUGUUUUCAUGGAUCAUGUAACACGUCGAACAGCUAUGAAUCUUGUUCUUGAAGUUGCUCGAGAAAAGAAAAAACAAUACAUAUUUUUGACACCACAAGAUCUAAGUUUUCUAAAGAUAACGGAUGACAUGCGCAUUCUACGAAUGCCUCAACCUAAACGUACAUUAAUGGAAAUAAAUAAUGAUAAUGAUGCCGAUUAA